UGGCGACGCUCGGAUAGGAGGAGACAACCAUCCCGGCGAGGCAGUGCUUCUUCUCCCGUCUCGAAUUCUUGAGGGGACGAGCCAACACGCCUUCAUAACCGGAGGUUUCAUUUUCAGGGCGCGAUCGCCGGUGGCUGCUUCGAGUACUGGGAGACGAUCGAUCGCAAAAUUAAGGAUAAAUUAGGUUGUUCUUUAGAAUGGGCGUGGAAAACUACCAUGUUAUCGAGCUCGUGGGUGAAGGUUCUUUCGGAAAAGUAUACAAAGGCAGGCGUAAAUUUACGGGACAGACUGUUGCCAUGAAAUUCAUCCUCAAACAUGGAAAAAGCGAGAAAGAUAUCUUGAAUCUAAGGCAGGAGAUUGAGAUACUAAGGAAAUUGAAGCAUGAAAACAUAAUUGAGAUGCUUGAUGCAUUUGAGAGUCCUCAAGAAUUUUGUGUUGUUACGGAAUUUGCUCAGGGUGAGCUGUUUGAGAUUCUUGAAGAUGAUAAAUGCCUGCCUGAGAAGCAAGUUCAAGCAAUUGCCAAGCAAUUGGUUAGGGCUUUGCAUUAUUUGCACUCUAAUCGUAUAAUACAUCGAGACAUGAAACCUCAGAACAUUCUUAUCGGAGCUGGUUCUAUCAUAAAGCUUUGUGACUUUGGAUUUGCACGGGCAAUGUCUUUAAAUACAGUUGUUCUCCGUUCAAUUAAAGGAACACCAUUGUACAUGGCUCCAGAACUGGUUCGCGAACAACCCUAUAAUCAUACUGCUGAUUUGUGGUCGCUUGGGGUUAUCUUGUAUGAACUUUAUGUUGGACAACCCCCAUUUUACACCAACUCAGUUUAUGCAUUGAUUCGCCAUAUAGUGAAGGAUCCAGUUAAAUAUCCAGAAGAUAUGAGUCCAAAUUUUAAGAGCUUUCUGAAGGGAUUGCUUAACAAGGAUUCUCAAAAGCGGUUGACAUGGCCUGCACUUCUUGAUCAUCCAUUUGUCAAGGAAAAUACAGAGGAAAUUGCAGCUAGGGAGCUACGUGCUGCAAAUGCUGCUGCUAGGGGAUGUGAUGCAGCUUGGAGAGGUGAAGUAAACUGCAUGCUCACUUCAACGCUUACCUGUCCUGUUCCAAGCUCACAGAGUGGCAAAGAGGAACUCAGCAUUUCUCCUCGGAGCAGGGAUGCUCCUAUCUGUCCUGAUGAUAGGUCGACACAAGACCCUUGCUUGGAUAUGACAAAUUCUUCUCAACAUCAUGAACCUAAUCCUUCUGUCACUAUUGCACAUGCUUCAGAAAUUAAUGUUGUUGAUAGGCUGGAGAACAGCUCUCGCACGAUGAAAGGUGCCCAUGAUAUUUGUCAUGAUAAUGAGGCACUAUCUCUUGUACUGCAACCUUUCAAAGCCUUCAGUUCUGAGGGAAUGCAGUUAAGUGAUCAGCAAAUUUCUUGCAUAAACCAGUCGUUAAGAAUUCUUGCAAAUCUAGUAGCUGCAGGGACACUGCAUUCCAAUGCAAUACUGGAUUGCAUGAUACCUACAAUAAUUACGUUUCUCACUGCCCUGUUUACAAAUGAAACAUCUGACAGUCACACUCUGUCUUGCAAAGUAUUAUCAGUUCUCAGGAAAUUAAUGGAAGCUGGUGCAUCCAGAAUGGGUACUUCCUUGGGGCCCAGUUGGCGCACUCUUUUAGGAUACUAUGCACAGGUUGUAGGGUAUGCAAAAGAUAUUUCUGGAAGACUCUUAUAUGAAUCAACAGUGUGCAUUGCGUUAGUGAUGUGUCGAGUUCCUCAUGGGCUCAAAACAUCAAGCUUUGUUGCUGGCCAUGAUGUUGUUUCUGACAGAUUGUUAGUGGAGACACUGAUGCAAAUACUUGACCAGGCUAUAACAUCUAAUAUCGUGGACCUACUUGCUAUUUGCUUAACAUCUUCAGGGUCCAGUCUUAUGUCUGGUUCUGUCAAUUUGUUGCCUGCUGCUUGUGAAGCUUGCAAAGCUCUGUGGGCUGUGGUGGAUGCAAUGGACACUGCAUCUAUGAAAGGAGCCACUUCUUUGUUCCCAUUGUCUGCUUCACGAGGCCCUUUACUUGAAGAAAAUGGCCAUGGCCAAUGUAAGAACCCUGAGAUGAAGAGCUCCAUUUCUGUUGAUAUGUUGGCAAAGAAAUUUUUGAAAUCGAAGGGAAUGCAGAUAGCCAUUUACUAUGUGCUGCAUCAAGGUCCAGAGUCAGUGCUGCCCUCCUGUAUGCAGCUUUUGAUGCGCUGGUGUCUAUCUUGUGCAACAAUUUGCAAUGUGCUUUGUGGUCUUCCAAGCCCCUUACCUGCUGCUAAUGCAAUUGAUGGAGGUGGGGAUGGAACAAUUCUGGCAGAUCUCUUUUGCAUCAUAUCACUAUGUUCAUCAUCUUCACACAAGAACAUGACUGGUGAUACAUAUGAUUCAAAAUCUAACAAAAUAUCAAACCCUGGAGCUCUUGUUCGGUCUUCUUGCCUGACGGUUGCUACAGUUGCCCAAGGCUUGAAGUUAACUGGUAGAGCUACCUCUUCUUGCAUGCUUACUGCAUCUCAGAAGAAACAACGUGCUCGUUUGUCAGUUCUUGCUCAUCAAGCUGCUUCUGAUGAUAGAUCGACAGCUUCUAUUGAGCCUCACUGUUCGGCGGCAAUGUUAGCACUUUCAUCCAUCAUAUCUCUUGAUGAUGAUAUGGGCCAUAUGAAUUCUCAUAUUGCUGAAAUGGCACUUGCUCUAAUACCUCCCACGGCCACGCUGCGUGGGCAUCUGAGGCUUGCAUUUCCUGAUGAAUCUAGUGUUCCAUGUAAAAACAGUGUCAUGCUUACUUACUGGCAUGGGGUCAGGGAUGGUUGUGUUGGUUUGUUGGAGAAACGGCUCAAGUAUGGAGGUCCACUGGCCAUUGAGCAAGCGUGCUCAAAUGGCAUUCCAGCACAUCUUACUUGCUUAUUGGCCAAUCCUCAGAAGGAAGAUUCUCAGGGAAAGGUGAUAGCUAAAGAUCUUCCUGGAUUGUCACCCAUUGGUGUUGUCUGGACUCUUUCUUCCAUAGCUCAUUGUCUUGCUGGCGGUUCUUUCCAUGAUAUAUUGUAUAGGAGAGAGCCUCUUAAGCUUCUGUCUGAUUUGAUGUCUGAGACUCAUCUCAAUGCUCUAAAAUGCUGGACCGGUUAUGGUGGUGGAAGUGAUGGGAUAAAAGAUUUAGUCAACUCUAUUAUUGAUGUUCUUGCAUUUCCUUUUGUUGCUGUGCAAAGCGUUCCUGGUUCUCCACUUACCUCUGCAUCCGUUAGCAGUGGUUAUCUCCUUAAUUCAGGAUCACCUGGUGCAAGAAUGUGUGCCGAAAAUGCUGACAUGGUGAAAAUAAUUGAAGCUAACAUGCCUCAGUAUGUUCAAAUGCUUCUUGAGGCCUCCAUUCCUAGAAGAGUUCUCAGGUGUCUGGGAUAUGUAGAUGUGAGACAAAUGGGAAAAACUGUUGCCUUCAUAGCUAAAAUGGUAGGCUAUCGACCCUUGGUACUUCAGCUUCUCAGAGAGGGCCUGUUGGAAGAACAUAAAAUGAAAGGGCUUCUUCAAGAUUCUAGUCCAUUGGAAGUGGUUCUGGAUUUGUUAAUGAUAAUUUCUGAUCUAGCAAGGAUGUCAAAGGAUUUUUAUGAAGCCUUAGACAAAGCAAAUUUAUUGGAGUUCCUGAGAAAGUUUUUAACUCAUCAGGAUUCCAAUAUCAGAGCAAAAGCCUGCAGUGCGAUUGGGAACAUGUGCCGUCACAGCCCCUAUUUCUAUGAUUCUCUAAUCAAGCAUGAUAUAAUUGAUCCCCUCAUCGAGCGGUGUUCAGAUCCAGACAAACGGACUAGAAAGUUUGCUUGUUUUGCUGUUGGCAAUGCUGCGUACCACAAUGACCUGCUAUAUGAUGAGCUCAGAGUGUCCAUUCCCCAGCUGACUAAUUUAUUGCAAGCUGGCGAAGAAGACAAGACUAGGGCAAAUGCUGCAGGUGCUCUCAGUAACCUUGUGCGCAACUCGAACAAGCUAUGCGAGGACAUCAUUUCCAAUGGAGCGAUGCAGGCUUUGCUGAAGCUUGUUUCAGACUGUUCCUUGGCAGCCAUGAGUCCCAGAAGAGGCGAUGCUGCAGGCGAAUCUCCAUUAAAAAUUGCAUUGUUUGCUCUUGGAAAUAUGUGCGUCCAUGCUCCUUGUAGGCAUUUUCUUCUUUCUUCAGAGUAUUUCUCGGUGUUUGCCCGUUUGAGACAGUCACCUGAUCCAACAAUCUCGAAGUAUGCAUCCCGAAUCUUAACUAGAUUCCAUGAUGCCUGAUUGGUUUUACCCAAAACAUUUGUAUGUAGUGUAUGUAAGUUGGUAUAAAUGACCAAAGCGUUUAGACUGA